AUGGCUGGUCCUCCCAUGAGGCAGAUCAAGAUCAAAACGGGCGUGGUGAAACAGUUGGUCAAAGAAAAACUGAUGUAUGAAAAAGAAGCAAAACAACGAGAAGAAAAAAUUGAAAAAACGAAAGCUGAAGAUGGUGAAACCUAUGCCAUGAAGAAGCAGACAGAAAUUUUGCAAGCAUCUCGAAUGAUGAUUCCAGAUUGCCAACACAGAUUGGAAGCUGCAAGUUCUGAUCUUUUACAGCUGUUGGAAAAUGAAAAAGACUUGGAAGAAACUGAAGAAUAUAAAGAAGCAUGUUCAGUUCUGGAUUCAGUGAAGUUAGAGGCUUAAAAUGUUUCUC